AUGUCGCAGGGAGGCGUCGCCGGCAUGCAGUUAUUUGUGAAGCCAUUUCAGGAUGAGCURCAGGAAACACUUUCUGAUUAUGCAACAAGAAAGGAAACAGAUGGAUAUUCAGACGACUUUGAAAGUGAAGAAGAUGUCUUGUUAAAGGAUAUUGGGAAAGAACUUACSGAAAGUAUUUCAGGUUCUACAAGCACUGACAAAUCUGUUGCUGUUGAGGACUUGAAUGAUGAUGCUUCACACAAUUCAGUAGAUUUGGAAAAUGAAGGUUCUGAUGACUUGAGUUUAUCCUUUCAUAAAGAGAAGCUUAAGCAAAUAAUGGUUUUAAAAGGUGAAAGCGUACAGAAUGACAGAAAGGAUGAUGAAGAAGAACGUUUGGAAGGUCAAAAUGAGCAUAAUAAUAGAAAAAAUAAUGAAGAGCAUUCAGCUGCUGAAAAAGUACUGCAUGGUAAUAGUGAAAGUGAUGACUUACCUAUUAAUGAACUACAUAAAGAACUACAUAAAGAAAGAAAUCAAGAUAAAAACCAACCAGAAGAAAAGCYACGGGUACAGAAAAAAAGAAAUGCUUCAGCAUCAGAUCGAGAUCAGAAGACAGUCAGCACCAGUGACUUGAAACUGGAGAAUGAUGGUAGGAAAUCCCCUUCUGUAACAGAACAAAUAAGGACCGCAGUCCAUGAGAAAACAGAGGAAUUGGAGCAGGCAGAAGCUGACAGUUCAGAUGGAAUGAUGAAAGUAGCAGAAGGGCAAAUAAUAACUGCUACGAUGCAGGAGGUAUCAGUGAAUGAUCAAUCUGAGCAUAGGGAGACAAAGAAUACAUCAAAGAGCUCUGUCAAGAAACCUGGUGAAACAAAGGAAAGAGUUCUACAAAACACAAAGGCUUCUUUAUCUGACAGGUCUACACCCUUUGUGCAUUUAAAGAAAAAGGGGAAAGCUGUUCCAUCAACUUCACCUCUUUCCUGUCAGGAUCUGGGGUCAUUGAAGGAAUUGGAGGAUAAAUCCAUGCAGAAAAAAAGUGCAGAAUUUGUCAAAGUAGAUAAUUUAAGAGCAGCUGUUUUUCAGAACUGGUUGGAAAAGAAAAGGCUUCUUCUACUGGAAUUAAAGAGAGCUGAAAAGAAGAAGGCUGAAAUUCUAAGGAACAAUGCUGAAGAGAAAGAAGCACUUAAAAGAGAAGAAUCAAUUGCAUCUUUUGAAGCCUGGAAAAAAAAGAAAGAAAUAGAAGCAAAGAAGUUAAGUGAAAAAAAGAAGCUUGAGGCACUUGAGGAAAAGAAACCAGCACAACAGGAUAAGGAAAAAACAAAAGCAGCACAAGCGGCAUUCGAAAAAUGGAAAGAAAGAAAAGUGAAAUAUUUAAGAGAGGAAAGGAGGAAGGAAAAGCAGUCUGAAAGAAUGCGGCAGAAGAUAGAAGAGGAACAAGUUGCAGAAAAGAGGAGAGUCAGUGCAUCAGCAGUUGAAAAAUGGAAUGAAAAUAAAGAAGAAUAUAURAAAAAGAAGAAAUUAGAAAAGUUCCGAGAGAGAAGAAAGCAAGAAAUGCAACAAGCAAAGAAGGAAGAACAAAGUGAAAAGGCUCUGGAGGAAUAUGAAAGAUGGCUGGAAAACAAAGUGAGGAGAAAACGGCUUGAGAAGAACCUAAAGAAGUGGCAGGCUUACCAUGGGAAUGAAAUGAGUCCACCGUGGAGGCCACCCGGGAAAAUCACGUAUUCUAGUAAUUACUGAGCAGUUUAUUGCCUUCCAGAAGAAGAGUCUAUGAAUUUCUGUAAAAAGAUAGUCACUCUUUUGUUACAGUUGAUUUUCAUUGAAGCCAUUAUAAGUGUUACAUUCUUUCUUUUUAGUUUAUUUGAUCUCUACAGUUUAAAUAAAACUGUUGUUCAUUUUCAUUGCUUUAGAAAAUGUAAUAAUUUUUCUAAUUCCACAUUUAACUUACUUUUGCUAAUUCCAUGUUAUUUCAUACCUUUUUUGUGAAAAUCUGUAUCUGGGAUACAUGAGGCAUUUCUUUCAAUGAGUAGCAGAAUGGUAAUUUUUAAGUUACUAGACCACACUCUUGAGAAGUUGAGUCUUGAAGAAAUUAUUUGAGAGUGCAGUGGGGUGGGGAUGGUGAGCAAGGAGAUGUUGGCUCUCUUGUGGUAGRAGACAAAAGGCUAAGGAGUAUGGAAGAAGAAUGUCGUUUUCAUACAUUAAGAAACAAGAUACAGAGAAAAUAAUCUAAGAUGUUACRUUAUGAAAUAUAAAUACAUCUCUUAAAUUAAAACUGCAUCUAGUAGAACCAAGAUUUCAUGGGGUGAAAAACAGUCAACCAUGUGAUGGUACAGAAGAAUUGCACUGGAAUCCAUAUAAUGUAAAAUGAUCUAGGACUAAGUAAGAAUGUAGCUGUUAAUUCCAUUUCAGGUCUUCAUGUAGAUUCCAUAAAUUUCUUGCUUUGURUAGGAAUCAUCCAUUUUAGAGGUAUGUGCACAAAAAAUCUUACAAAAGAACUGCGAGGACAGAAUGGUAGUGCUUUUAUGAGGCAACCUUAGAGAUAGAAUUUUUUCUUUUUUUAACUAAAAGACUUCUCUUUUUUUUUUUUAUGACCCCAAACACAUUUUUAUCAUUGCUAAUGAGCUAGCUGCUAUAGUAAAUUAUUAAAAUGCCAUCUUUUUUUUUUUUUUUUUUUUUUUUUU